AUGGCUACCAUCGAGGAUCUGCUAGUCGAACAAAUCCAAACGAUAUAUUCCAUCUCGAGAGUUCUGCCGAAUUUUAAAAAACUUGGACAAGCCAAGAUGACCCGCGCUGUAUCUCAGGAACGACUUGCCGGUCUCAAGGAGUACUUCGCAAAGUGCCAGAGCCUCCACGCGAAGAUUACGCGCCUAGCCAGUGCCAAGAUGAAGUCGGAGCACGAAUAUUUCCAAACCGAGCAAUUUUUGGCGUGUGAGGUCGUCUACAACCAAACCGCGGACUACAUCGUGGAAGUAUUAGCCGGAUUCGAGAUACCAUUUCACCAAGCCACAGCAGCAGACGUAAGCGGUUUUUCUGAUUCUUCUCGUCCGUCAACUCGUUUACCGAAGCUGAAUCUACCUACGUUCGACGGGAGUAUCGACAAGUGGGAGAACUUCCGCGACCGAUUUACAUCGCUUAUUCGUUACGAUCAAACGCUAUCAAAUGUAGAUCGCAUGCAUUACCUUAUCUCUUGUGUUAAGGGGGAAGCAAGUAACGCGCUAAGCAAUCUCGCGGUAACGGAUGCUAAUUUUCCCGUAGCUUGGGAUAUUUUGAUCGCGCGGUAUGAUAACAAACGCCGAUUAAUUAAUUGCCAUUUACAAUCCUUAUUAAAUUUACCGUCAGCCUCCGCGAACACUUCCAAGGACCUUUGCGCACUCCGCGACCAAACCAACGCGGCAGUACACGCUCUCAAAAAUCUCGAGCGACCAGUCGAACAUUGGGGUGACAUUUUAGUGUUUUUGGUUACGCAAAAACUCGAUAAACAUUCGCGAGAAGCCUGGGAAUUAAAGCACGGCAUUACAGUUCCGUAUCCCACGUUUGACGAGCUCAAUAAAUUCUUGAACAAUCGAAUUCGAGCAUUAGAGACAAUGCUCCCGGUAAAGCCAAAAGAAAAGUUAACAGACGCGACUAAAUCAACGAAAAAUAACACUCUCGCAUCACAUGCGGCUUCGACCUUUACAUUCGCUUGUCCUGUGUGUAAGGGCAAUCACCUGUUGUACCAAUGUUCGACCUUCUUAAACCAAACACCGUCUCAGCGUUUCGACUUUAUUCGGAAAAAUAACCGUUGCCUUAAUUGCUUCAGUUCAAAGCAUAACAUGAAAGAAUGUACAAGCUCGCGCGUAUGCAAACAGUGCCAUAAAAGGCAUCAUACGUUAUUACACUUUAAUGCCGCUACCAAACCGUCAAGUUCGGACCAAACCGUUGCGCCAGAGACAGCCCGCGAUAAUAGCGAAAGCGAAGUCGCAAUUCAUUUAGUUUCCGAAACCCUACCGUCGUCCUCGACAAUUCUCCUCGCCGUCGCCCGAGUACGGAUACAUUCGCAACAUGACCGCGUUGUUACAGUGCGCGCUCUUAUUGACCCGGGAUCCGUCGCGACUCUCAUUACCGAGUCUGUCGUCCAAUGCCUCAAACUUCCGAAAGUUAAAACCUUUGUACGUGUCACCGGCGUUGGCGAAGCCGAUUCGAUUGUGCGUCACGCGACAAAGGUUACGAUUACUCCUACGUCUGGCGACGGACCUGCCUACGCGACGAACGCGCUCAUUCUCAAAAAAUUAACCAAAUACUUACCGUGCCAAUACCCGUCGACGAGGCACUGGAGGCAUGUUUCCGGGCUCAACUUCGCCGAUAGCGAUCCCAUGAGUCGCGAACCGAUUAACUUAAUCAUUGGAGCGGAUCUCUACAAAAGAUUACUUCGAGAGGGCAUUCGUCAGGGUCCCGCAAAUUAA